UCGGAAUUUUCUCAGAAACGUCAAACUGCGAAGGAUUAGUCAUUGUUUUGCUUGAAAUAAUUUAAUGAUUUUACAAUUAUUAACUUUUUCCUAUUGUUCAGUACACUCUAACGAGACGCAGGACCUAUCAACAUGGCGUCCAACCAGCCGGAAGUUCCACCCUCACUGAAGCUAAUAGGGCACUAUCUGAAAACUGCCCAAGAACACGAUAAUCGAGAUGCAAUCAUAAGCUACUGGUGUCGACUGUAUGCCCUGCAGCUGGGCCUCAAAAUCAACAGUCAGGGUGCCGAGGAGCGGAAGUUUCUGGUUGGAGUGAUGGAUUGGCUGGAGAAAUCGAAGAAGGCACAUGCGGAUAACGAAUCUAUCACCAAUGAGAUUGCCGCCCAGGCGUAUUUGGAAAAUUACGCGCUGAAGUUGUUCUUGUACGCAGACAAGCAGGAUAGGGAAGGUAAUUUCGGGAAGAAUGUGGUAAAGGCUUUCUAUACGGCCGGAAUGAUAUACGAUGUUCUGCAAACGUUCGGUGAACUGACGGAGGAAGUGGUUCAAAAUAGAAAGUACGCCAAGUGGAAGGCUUCUUACAUACACAAUUGUUUAAAAAAUGGGGAGACUCCAGUACCAGGCCCGAUGAAGUCCGACGAGGAUAAUGAGUAUGAAAAUGAAAUGGCAAAUUUUGGCCCGGAAGCAAAUACAUCAACCGUUGAACCAGCCGCGGGCCCAAGUAAUCAACCACAGUUGCCCUAUCCGUCGAUGGGAUUUCAAGGGGUUCCGCAGCCUGCUGCCGCACCGCGUCAGCUGCCAUUAUCUGGGCCACCGUCAGGACCUACAAAUUUCACAACCAAUGACCCAUUCAGUACAGUUAAACCACCGACGCCACCAAGUGAACCGGAAAAACCUCCGGGUGGUUUCCAACCAUAUACCGGGCCAGCCCCCUUCGGUUCUAGUGAGGUAAGUGUUCCACAAGGGGCACAGGGUGUACGACUAACACCAGAUCAGCUUACCAAAGCCCAAAAAUACUGCAAGUGGGCUGGUAGUGCACUCAACUACGAGGAUGUCAAAUCGGCGAUCGACAGUCUGCAGAAGGCGCUCCGACUGUUGCAAACCGGUCAAGAUAGCUAAGCAUUUCACUUUGUUCAAUUAGCCAUCGUAUAUUGUUUGCCUUUGUUGUAGAGUAAAAAAACUCACUCGAGAAUAUGAGCAUGGGCGAGCAUAACAUGCACCAUUAGAUUCUUCGAAAAUUGCCUGAACAUAUGUUAUCAAGCAUAAUGCUAUUUGUAACUUUCAAUAAUAAAGGAUCAAUUUACU